UUGCAAGAAGGAAAGGACGACGAAGGACAUAAACUAGGAUACAGUAUGGAAAUAGACACCAAGUAUAAUAUAGUUGAAGAAUUCAGGAAACCCGGAUAUGCUCGCUUCCCCGAAGGACGUGUUGGAACUCGCUACGAUGAUUUGCCGGAAGGAGGCUACUCCGGAGGAAGUGUUGGUCGUACCAGAGCAGUCACUAAGAGGGGUCUCUCCGCACAAGCAGAUGGACCUUGUGGGUACGUGGGAAAUGGAGGCAAUAACGAUGAAGCCUUUGCUGGUGGAGAAGGUUGUCUUAGGGAAGCAGAAGUUCAUGCUGGUCCCUUUGGAGUGGGAGUGCCGGGUCCUGGCGGAGAAGGCAACUUUCGGAUUGGAAACAAAGGAUUGAAAGUGGACGGCGGAGCUAAUGUCGCAUUAGCAAAGGUUCAAGUGGGCCCAGUCAAAGUUCGUGCGGGAGUUGGGAUGAAGGGCGCCCUACGAGCUGGCCGCGACGGCGUUGGAGCCAUUGUCCCGGGCGUUGGAGGCGCCGUUGUCGCCAAAGACGGGUUGGAGCUCGCUGUAGGUCCCUUUAAUUUCAAAAUUGGUUGGUAA